AUGUCAAAACCUGUAUUGCCAUCAUUCUCUGCCAUUAUCGAUGCAACUUCUACCACUUCUUCUCCAUUACCAAGAUCAGCAAGCAUGGGUUUCAGAAUGGACAUUCAGGGUAAUAUUAGAUUACCUCCACUAAGUGGAAAUGACCCUCAAACACCAAUAGUCAAGAAUAACUUGCUAUCUAUCACACCUACGACAAGUAUGCUUAGAAUUGGUACCGCAUCAACCUCAAGUGUUGAUGUAGAUCACGUGACUACAUCAUCAUCGACACUAGUACCAACGCCGGGGAUGAGCUCCAAAUCUUUACUUGGAGUAAACGCAAGAGCAUCAAGGUCAUCUCCUACUGCUAGCGGGUCUAAUAGUACGGGAAGAAGUCUUAGCGUUAAUCUCAGUAUACCCGACAAUGGCACGCUACAACACACGCCGUCAAAGAGACCAAAGGUAACUAAAAGAAGCAACAGCGCUGGUAACAACCUUGUUCUGACGGAUCCAGAAUCGCUAGAUGAUUCUGAUUCGAAAAACAGUAGUGCUAAGAAAAGAACCAACAAAGCUAAAUCGUUUGCAUUCAUCACACACUCUCAGGAAACGUUUCCCUCUAAUGAGCCUUCAAUCGAUAACGCACAACUGGCUAGAAGAAAGAGAAGAAGAACUUCGAAAAAUGAAUCAGACAUCUUAAAAAAGGAAUUCGAAGUGAACCCUGCUCCCUCAAAGGAGAGAAGAUCGGAACUAUCAAUAAUAUGUAACAUGAGCGAAAAGGCAGUCCAAGUUUGGUUCCAAAAUAGAAGACAAAACUUCAGAAAGAAGUUCAAGGUGGAUUCAAAACAAAUAAACUCACCAUUAGAUGAUUCAAACGACAUUGGAUUAAAUGACACGGCUAAAAUACCAGAUUUGAGAGAUCAAAUUAGUAGCCCCACUGAGUCUAUAUCUAACGCAGAUGGUAUGCAGACAGACGAUUCUCUUCAACAAAACCAUCCCCUCAUUGAAAUCACAACCUCGAAUAUUGCUACCGUAUCCACUACCAAACGCAACAGUUCCAAUGAUAACGGUUCAUUAGUCAUAAUGAAUGAUGAAUUGAAGUUCCAAAAGAAAUUGAAGCUCGAUAUCCCAAGAUACACUAUAUCCAGUCCACCUGAAAAAAUUACUUCCCCCUCAGAAAAGGGUAAAGUACUCACUUUUAGGUUGAAGCAAGACAAUGAACUCUCAAGGGUCUAUACCAGCCCGAAUAACAGAGUGAACAAGCUGAUAAAUGGUACAAAUAUCAAAGAUUUUGUUACUACACCCGUCAAGGAAGUAACAGACGAGAAUGUCAAAAUGAGUGAAAAUAUGAAUACGGCUGGAAAGCUCAAUUUCAGUUCCAACAGAGGCAUAUUAAAAGAAUUGAACAUCAAUACGACAUAA